UCCCCUUUUUAGGUUGGUUUGUGAAAAAAGUGUCACCUAUUAUAUCCCUCUUUAAGGGAUUUUCAUCUUUGAGAAUUUGUGAAAAAAGUGUCACCUAUUAUUAUAUCUCUUUUUAAGGAAUUUUCAUCUUUGAGAAUCAGAAGAUGUGUCGUUUUGUCUUUUCCCCCUUUGUUCUUUAUUUGCUCACUCUCAUGGUGAAGGAAUUCUUUUAUUCUUUUAUUUGGGUUUUAACUGUGAACACUGUUUCUAUUGGUUGUUUCUGUACUAGUACUAGUCAUCGUAAGGGUUUUCUUUUCUCUUUCAAUUGAUUUUCUCUUUCUUUCAGACUUACAAAGAUUAAUUUCUUAAUUAAAGAUAAAUGCAACAAAAUUAUCAUUAACAGACAAUGAUUACGCCAAAUUGAAUGGGUAUAUAUAUGGGAGCAUGCAUUGCAUCCAUACGACUUCUAAUGUUAAUUAUACCCCCCUCCCCACGACUUGGCGACCGGAAAACGAAAAGAAUCAACGAGAGGGAGGCUGUUGGCCUUUCGCUAUGGCAAGACGCCAUGAUCAGAGAGGGAGAGUUCGACAGAGACAGGAAGCACAAAUGAGAGGUCGAAUGGGCAACUGGCAAAGUCUCCCACCGCUUUAACUUACAUUAGGGAUUUUAAGAGACUAGUGAGUGUCUGUUGGUCACGAGGGUUGAAAGGAUUUUGUUUAGACCAAACCAAAACCGACCAUGCACGUGUGAAAUCCUGAUUUUGUUUGGUUCGGUUUGAUUUGAUUCGAUUCGAUUCAAUUUUGAAGGUUUAAAAUUAUUUUUGGCACAAUCUUAAAUUCUAAAAAUGACUGAAAGAGAAAAAUUGAAUGUCUAUAGAAUGUCACGUACCUUCCAUUCUGUUCUAUUCAUCAUUUCAUUCACAGGAAGGGUGUCGCUAUCAAAUUUAUCCAACAUUCAUGGGAUUUGGCAACACCUUCCUUCUUAUAUUUAAUGAUAUUUUAUUAAAUUUCACACUAUAACAAUAAUGUAUAUAUUAAUGUAUAUGUGGAUGAGCUUCUUUUUUUUUUUUCUCAAUUUCUAUUUGGUUGGCAGACGUAGAGUCCAUAUUUUUCAUGUUCAUGGCCAGCCACCUUCUACAAAUAGACUUUCUUCUUCCUCUCUAUCUCUCGUUUCUCUCGUUAACCUCUGCUUCGAAUCAUCUUUUCUCUUCUCCUCUUCUUCUUCUUCAAGUUAACCAUGACCCAUAAAACCCUAGACAUUACCGUUACCUCCGCCGACGUUCUAAAGAACGCCAACUUCUUCACCAGAAUGCGCGUCUACACAGUCGUCUGUCUCGUCGACGCCACCGUCUCCCGGCAAACCACGCCCGUCGACGAAAAUGGCGGCGCCAGACCCUUCUGGAAUUGCCCAAUGAGAUUCCAAGUCGAAGAGGCGAAGUUGCACCAGAACAGCGCCAUGCUUGUCUUUCAACUCCGUUCACAUGGAAGAUUCAGAGACACAGAUAUUGGGUCGCUCUACGUCCCCAUCAAAGAGCUCUUCGACGGCGCCUGCGACGUAAAAUUCCAUAGACAGGUGGCUUUGGCGGUCAGCUCGCGGUCUGGGAAGCCGAAAGGCGUGUUAUACUUGUCAUGCGUGCUCGGUUCAGCAAACUCCGGUGAGGAUGCCACCGGCCGUCCACUGCCGUCGGCGCCGUAUCCGCCGGAAGAUGGGUGCUUUCGGGCGGACCCUGCUCCUUCUGCGCCAUAUAUACGAGAAGGAAGUGAGAUUUUCUUGCAGAUAUUAAUGGGUGAUUAAGAUGGAAGAUUAAAUUGCUCUGAAAUCGUUUUGCCUGAUCAAUUUUGUGGAUCUUCAAAUGUUUUAACACAUUCGAGGUGGAUGAAGAAUUUCCGACGAUGGGACAAUGUGGGGAUUGUUGUUAUGUUAAUUUGCUCCAGAAAGUGUCCAAAAUAGGUAUCAGAAUAGGACGAUUAAUUCUUGAUUAAAUUGCUGUUGAUUUUCUUGGUAGAUCUAUUUGGUACAUACGAACUAAGAUUAAGAGUCGGGUGGUGGUAUUAUAUGGAUAUUAUAAGUUUUUGACGAAGCUGUCUCCAAGAAUUAAUAGAAGAGAACACAACACACACAAAAUGUACAGAAAGUAGGAACUGUGCCAACACACAGCCCCUUAAAAACUGAGCCAAAUCAAAAUCUUCACUCCUUUUUCCACAACGCUAACGUAAUCAGAACAAAACCUACUCUUCGAAACAAAGCCAACCGAAAAGGUUUAGUAAAAGAAUCUAGAAAUCAAAACCGGCGUCACCAAAGCCGGCGUCAUAGUCAUACCCCCCCAUAUCACCGGCAUCGGAAAUCAUGUCACCCACCAACAGCCCUCCCAGCAGCCCCGCUCCAAGCCCCAAGCCAAAGUUCCCCCGCUUCUUCCUCGGCGGCGGCUGCGCCUGCACCACGGGCGGCGCGUACCCAUACGGCGGUGGUGGAGGAUACCCAUAUGCCGGCUGCGGUGGGUACCCGUGCCCCGCCGGGUGGGCGUACGGCACCGCCAUCCCAACCCCCGACGGUGGCGGGUAGGCGGUGCUGGCACCGACAUGGGCCGGGUACGCCGUCACCGGUUCGCCGGCAGUCCUCGUCGGCGCCGCGAUCUUGUCCCCGAA